AUGACGAUGGCCCAAGCCCCUCGCAAGCAGAGGGCCCUCAAGGUGGUUCGAGCAAACGAGCUCGCGGUGGUGGACGACGCGGAUAUCCCGCAAGUCGGGCCGGAUGAGGUUCUGGUGCGCGUGGUUUUUGUUGCCACGAACCCCGUCGACGCUAAAUCGGCCGAUUUCUCCCCAACGCCGGGUGCCACGGUCGGCAGUGACUUCGCUGGUGACGUUGUCGCUGUGGGCGCCGCUGUGGAGAAGCAGCUCAGAGUCGGCGAUCGCGUCUGCGGCCUUGCGUUCGGCAACAACCCGCUGCGUCCCGACAAUGGCGCGUUUGCAGAGUACGUUGCUGCGCCGGGAGAUCUGGUCUUCAACAUACCGCCCGGCAUGGACCUCGAUCAAGCAGCCACCCUCCCGUGCGGCCUCGCCACCGUGGGAUUCGCGCUCUACCGACAUCUGGGCUUGCCUCUUCCUGACCCACCUGCCACGGAAAGCGAGGCUGGUGCGAAGCCUCAAUAUAUCUUGAUCUACGGCGGGGGAACGGCCACCGGUACUCUCCUAAUCCAGAUGGCGCUUCGCUCCGGCCUCGUGCCCGUGACAACGUGCUCUCCCAAACGCUUCGAGCGCGUCAAAGCGCUCGGUGCAGCAGAGGCGUUUGACUACCGCUCGCCGACUGUUGGGGCCGACAUCCGAGCCUACACCAACGACGCUCUGGACAUGGCCGUCGACUGCAUCACCACGACAGCAUCAAUGGCGGUGUGCUACGGAGCCAUCGGUCGCGGCGGAGGGAAGUAUGUGUCGCUGGACCCUUUCCCGUUGCGGACGCACACCCGCCGGAGCGUACGGCCCUCCUGGGUCUUGGCGCUGACCAUGUUCGGGACGCCCAUCGCUUGGAAGCGGCCCUUUACUACCGAGGCAAAGCCCGCUGAGAGGGCUUUUGCGGAGAAGUGGUUCUCAAUUGCGCAGGAGAUGUUGGACAGAGGAGAGAUCCAGCCACACAGUCAUGAGCCGGGUAGACCAGUCAACCAGCGGUGGUUGACGAACUUACCAGGGCAGUAUGCUUGGUCAGCGGAUCAUUCAACUCUGGAAACCACAAGCAUCCACUGUUGCGUGAAGCUCAUUGUCCUCAUCCGCGCAUUCGUGUCGGUCUCCGUGCUCAUGGAUGCGAUCAUGAUUGAUUGGUACUAG